CAUUCAAACGCAGCGACUCCUGUUGUGUCAGUUUUAAUUUCUUCCUCCGCCGCCAACCUCCGCCACUAGGCAUAGCAGGAUCAGCAGCUCUGUAUUGAUGUCCUGUUAAGUAAUCCAGAAAGUGAAAACUCUUCAAAUGGCUGGCUGUUGAGGGAGCAGUAUAUAUUCAAAAUGGCUGCUAGAUGGGCACUAUCCAUAACUGAAGAUUCAUGUUGCCAUGAAUAGGUGAUGAAUUUCUUGGUGCUGCUGAGCCAUUUCCAUAUUUCUUUAUGAUUAAGAAGAACUAUUGAAUUAUUACAUGUGGAGAUACAAAUGUACUAGCUUUUCUGAAGGCAAGUUAAAUGAACUGGAGAGGAGCAUAAGCAAUUCUAUACUUUCAGUGGGAGAACUAAUGAACACCUUUCUAAAUAGCUUGUGUCAUGUCAUGUGUGGCUAGCUACAUCUGCAGAUGCACAAAAACAUUCAACUAAUGUCUCUUGAAGGAGUUGUCUGGACUCCAGCAUUUGUAAGCAAACAGGUUGGAAAAUACUGAAGUGGCCUUGUUUCUAACGUAAAAGCCUCCCUAAUUCAUGAUAACAGCAACAAAGGAAAUAUGCCUACUCAACCUCUCUUAGCAUAUAUGGAUGGGCCAGAUGGAAUAGCCAGUACUGUUGGCUCACGUAUGGAGAACAAUGAUGCCACUAUGCCAAUAAAAGGGUCCAGCACAAUCUCGUACAAGAACUUGCAAGACAAGUUUCUGAUGCAUGGAGAAGGAUGCAUGCCUUUGGAUUGUAUGUUUUGUGAUCAGACUUUCAAACAUCCAGAAGAUCUUGGUAAACAUGUUUUAACACAACACAGACCCACACUUUGUGAACCAGCAGUUCUACGUGUAGAAGCAGAAUAUCUUAGCCAUCUUGAUAAAGGACAAGCAAAAGCAGACUUGCCAUCAUCCAAUGUCAAUGAAAAGGAUAACCAAGAUUUCAGCUGUGUGGUUUGCGGGCAAACUUUUGAUGAAGGUUUUGAUGUUGAGGCCCACAUGCGGAAGCAUAAAGACUCUUUCACUUAUUGGUGCAGCGUGUGUGGAAGGAGAUUUAAGGAGCCUUGGUUCCUCAAAAAUCACAUGAGAACACAUACUGGUAAGCCUGGCUCUAGAAGCAAGACUACUCAAGGAUCCGAGAGUCCUAUAACAAUAAACGAGGUUGUACAGGACCAAGUAACCGAGAGCAUUACGUCGCCUUAUAAAAUCUGCAUGGUUUGUGGCUUCCUAUUUCAGAAUAAGGAAAGUUUAAUUGAGCAUAGCAAAGUACAUACCAAAGAUUCAGUAGCCAGUGGUGAUGGCUCACAAGUUGACAGAAGUGGCAAAGGAAGCAGGUCGCCCAGAGAAGAGUUUUUGCGGUUCUUAAAUUUAAAACCAUGUUUGCCUCCUGGCAGUAACAAACAAGAAAAGCCUGUGAAAUGGAUAGGAGAGUUAGAUCCAUUCAGUACAUACCAGGCAUGGCAACUGGCUACCAAAGGUAAAAUUGCUAUUGGCCAUGGGCAAACAAAAGAACCAGGGCAAGAGGGAAGUACAGACAAUGAUGACUCCUCUUCUGAUAAGGAAGAUCUUGGGGAAAUUUGGAAUGUGAACAAAGUGAGCCAAACUGAAAACACUGGGAAGAGCAAGGCAAGCAAAAGUGGAAAUUAUGCAGGGGUUGGUAACAUGCCACAAGACAAAUGCAAAUAUCCCUGCCGUGAAGUGCCUUCUAUGGAGAUAGAUCCUAAAUUGUCCCAGAACAAAGAUAAACCUACACAUUGUUCAGAGUGUGGCAAAGCCUUUCGAACAUACCACCAGCUAGUCCUUCACUCAAGAGUACAUAAGCGAGACCGAAAAAAUGACUUAGAGGCCGGUUCCACUGAAGGAAAGCAGCCAAGAACAUGUCUUCCAGAAGUUGUGACUCUGGAUGAGCAUGGAUCAGGAGAACGAGUGGAGGGAGGCUCUGAAGAUGGCUCAGAAGAUGGACUACUAGAGACUUUAGAUAAAAGUGAAGAUGGCAUGGAAAGAGCAAAAGUCAAAAACCUUGGGGCCUCCAGGGAAUGCAGCUACUGCGGGAAGUAUUUCCGCUCAAACUAUUACCUCAAUAUUCAUCUCAGAACUCACACAGGUGAAAAACCAUACAAAUGUGAAUUUUGUGAGUAUGCAGCAGCCCAGAAAACAUCUUUGCGGUAUCAUUUGGAGAGACAUCACAAGGACAAAAACAUAGAAACUACUACAGAAUUAAAAAACGACAGCAAGGUUUUGCCACCUUUUCAGGAGAUGGGCCUCUUGCCAGUUAGCAAUCGUGCUCCGGAAACCAAAAAUUUGAAAAGGCUUCUUGAAGAUGCCAAAGAUACUAAAGGAGGCCCUCCUGUAAAACAGCAGAAAGAAAUGCUCUCCUCCUUUCAAAGCACACCGAAAAGUAUAACUCAGGACACGAGCAAAGGUACAGACUGUGAUGGCUCAAAUGAGGGUAUAUCAGUGCCCUGCCUUGAAAACAUAAUAUGGGAAAAAAGCACAGUGGAACGUCAGGCAAACAGUCUUGUUGUAGAUAGGAUUGAGAAAAAGAAUUCUGUUUUGCCAGAAACUACUCUAUAUGCUGGUGCUUUAAAAGGAAGAACAAAUGUGGAGCUUCUAAGUGACAUUGCAGAAAACUCAAAAUGCAGACUAGUAGUUCAAGAGAAGCCAUUAAAUUUAUCUACUGGCUCUUCUCAGGAUGCUCCAGUCGCUUCUGUUUCUCAAGGCUCUUUAGCAACCAGCACCUGUCCUUUUUGUACUUACCGGACAUUAUAUCCAGAAGUUCUAAUAAUACAUCGACAGUUGAUGCAUAAAUUCCCCAGUAACCCCAAUACUGUUAAUAAAAAUAAAAAUAGGACAAUUCCUAAAACCAGACGUACUGGAUGCCCACCAUGUCUUUUGGGCAAGGAUGUUCUCCCACUGCCUCUUAACUCAGGGAAAAUCAAGUCUUCCCUGUUGACACAGUCAAAAUCCCUGCACAUGGAAAAAGCUAAACAGGUUCCUGCUCUACAGAGCAAAGCACCCGCCCUUUCAGGAUUAAACUCCAGCAGCUUGGCGCCAAGUAACUUGAAAUCGUGCAAACCACAGAUGAUUGGAGUUCAGAUGAAUAGCUCUAAACAACAGCAUGAAAUGCACCACAGUCCUAAUAGCACUCAAACACAGGAUAGAGGGAAAAAGCUGGAUCCUAAAGCAAGAGUUUCGGCUUCUCAAUUAGGCGUAGCAAGUAGCAACAUCAAUGGCUCUCUUGAGACUCCGUUGAACGAAGCUGCUUGGUCAAGCAAUCGAGGAAUAGAGUUUCUCAGUAACAGACCUGCUGGGAAUAUAAACUUGGAAUUUGAUGGACUGCCUUCUAAAAGAGCGAAGCCUAAUCACAUGGCUGCAGAACAGAUUGACUCUGCCCUGUAUCGAAGAGGGAGCGAUGCUGGCAGAUUACAUACUGCAGGCAGAUAUGCAGGUCUGCUACCUCAGGAAUGCUCACACACCAAACCUGCCACCUCUUUCCUGCCAGCCAAACAAGGGCUCGUGAGCUCUGAAGUAGAUGCUAUAAAUCCAGUAACUAUUCUAAAGCCAUAUGAAACGUAUGGUCCUGGGCCAUUUUACAGUUCCUGUGGAUCAAGUAGCAGUCAAGUCCCCAGUUCUUCAAAAGAAGGAAAAAGGCCAGUAUCAUAUCAACACUUGUCUAGCACCAUGAUACAAAAGAGAAGCUAUGAGAGCUUUAUUGGUAAUGCACAAAAUCGACCGAAUGAUAAAAGAACAUGAUUUGGCUGCAGUGAAUGGUAUGAAGAUGCAAAUUUUGAAUUCCUUGCUGUACAUCUCUUGAGGAUAAUGAAUGAUGGAAGCUACCAAACUAAGCUGUGAUUGUAGUAUGUAUAGAGCAAAACACUACAGUUCUGUAAUGGAAGGUCUGAUCCUGUUUGUACAAUGUGGAUAUAAACCUUGUUGUCUAAGAUUGGGUUGCAAAGAACUGGCAAAUACGUGUAUCAACUCUUGUUCUUGAGUAAUAUUUUUCUUAAAAUUAUCAUAGACCAAAUAUUCAACAUAAAAGUAUAUUUUUGCAUUCCUGUGUGCUGCUGAAAAGAGACCCACUUUUGAAGCUGUAUGUAAUUCUUGCACCUCAGGUAAAUCUGCAUUUUGUUGCCUGGUUUAAAAUACUGGGAGGAUUUUUGUAUAAGGAUUGCAGUUUGUCAGAUCUAGCUUUGUGCUUUAAACUACAUACCUUGUAGAAACAACUUUCCAAGUGAACUAUGUACUUUUUUGUUCAUCUUAUGCGCAGUUUGAAUGUCCUGAAGAGUAUGAUAGGAACAUUGAUACAAAACAAAGGCCAAGCCAUAAUCUGCUCAAAGAAGUCACAUUCUUUCUCCAGUUGAUAUUUCUUGAAUAUCUGAAAAAGUGAAAUCCCCUUAAUAGGAAUUAGGACUUCUCAUGCCCCGUGUUGGGCAAUCACAAUUCUUUCCUUACACUGCAAAUGGAGGGUUUUUAGCUGAAUGCCUUUUGGCCUUCCAGCUAUUUCUGGAGACAGUUGUAUUUGCAUGAAGGCUAUUGAGUUACCUGACUUACGUUAAUAUUCAGUUUUUGGCUCUUCAUCCACGGCAUUUUUCUGUAUUUAUGUCCAACCCAAAAACAUCCACUCCCAUCUAACAUUCCCAUCAAAUCCCAGUGCAACUCUUCAAACAUGGUGGAAAUAAUUUUAAUUGAGAAUAUGGCAGCCCUUUGUCUGCCUAGUAAGCCUGUUGUCUGGGAAAGGAUUCCCACUUUAGAGCCCUCUUCCACUGAUACUUAACAUCUUUAUCUGUCAGCUCUGAGUCAGUAUACAAUGUCAUAUUUACUGUGAAAGAGCCAGACAUACCUUCAGCAAGAGGCUUGUGCCAACCUCUCAUAGAGCAAGAUCCAGUGGAAGCGCUCUUUCACAGGAUUACAUAUACGGGGCACCUGCAGGUCCCAGCUUGCACAUUCUUUACCAUCUUGAAGGUCGCAACUUGCACAUUCUAGUGUUGACCAGCACUGUGUUUUCCAAACCCUCUUAAGAGGUGGGAUCUCACUAAUAUCCUCCAGCACAUAUCAAAGUUGGCUUGGGGUGUUCAUCAAGCAGUUAAUAUUUUUGCAAACCCAUGUGGUUUUUUUUAAUUCUAUAUGAGUGAAUACUGAAUACAAGAAUUGCCUCUUGCCAGCUAAGAAGUUAAGGAGAUGGACAUUCUAUGCAUCUUGUAAAGCCUUCAAUGACAAUUUAAUGUUUGGGUGUUAAGUUUGAGUUUGAUAUCCAAAAGUUUCCAGGACAAAAAUGGUUUCAAAAUUUUGUUUUGCACUGUUGAAUGUGUGUUUCUUAUCAGAUGUAAAAUAGCAGAGCCUAGAUAUUCUUGGAGAUUUUCCCACAUCCCAGUAUGCAACUUGGAGACAUUUUAAACAAAUGUCUUACUUCCUAUGUAUUAAGGAAUAUGUAACUUUGAUGUCUCUGUAAAACUGGGCAAUGUAAUGAAGUGCUUUCUAUCAGGAAAUUGUACACAAUUUACCCUUUUCCUGUUCAUAAGCUGAGCCAUAUGUACAUAAAACCUAGAUUUCUUUUCCUAGUUUUGCACUUUUAUAGCCUAUUUUUUGAAGAUGAAUACACUUGGAAGAUGGUUAAUCUAUUUUUGCCUGACCUUUCAAUGAGUCUUAUUGGAUGCAUACUAUAACUUGUCUCUCUCUUUGCUGCCUUUAAAAAAAAAAGAAAGAAAAUGAUCUUAAUAAGCAAUGAAAUAAGACCAGAUUUAUGUUGAAUUAGGGUUUUUUAAUCUCUUUGUGUUGGUGUAGUCUUUCUAAAACUUUCAGGCUCAGGCUCUCUUCCAUUUGGAUGAGCAUGAAAAAUGCAGACAUGGGACAUCUCGCGUUAUCUUUUGUGCAGCACAAGCUUCUUCCUGCCCUGCCAAGGCAGUAUCGAAAGUCCUGGCUCUUGCAUUUGCUCCUACCAUGCCAGUAUUGGAUGAGAUUUCAGGAAGUCUGACAUUUGUGGGAGCAGGAGCCACAGUGUGGGUUCUUUGCAGGUGGUCCAGGGUUUCCCUUAGCAGCACAGGAAGAAGAAACUUCCCACACUGGAAAGGUAACAUGAAAGCGGUCCUUCUGUGCAGCCCUGGGGUACAGUUCAUCAAACACUUCCACAGGGAAGUACUUUACAAAUCCUGUUGAAACCAAAUGGAGGAUUUGCAACAGCAGUACUUUGUAGAUUACAACCCUGUUUUCCAAAGUAGGUUUUGCCCAUCAGUAUUAACUAUGGGAUACUACUGUGUUCCCCCACGUACCCCCCUUAUUAUUAUUUUGUUGGCAAUAGAAAUGAAUAUACUGGUACAAGUUGUUGAUUUGUUAUAUUUAUUUCCUUCCACCUUGAUUUAUUUUAAUUGUGAGCCCCAUAAGUUGUUGAGCUGUAGACACCAUGCAAGUCAUUUAAUUUAUGAUGUUAGUGGAAUAUGUUAUUACAUGUUGAUGUAAAUACAAACAUGGUUUUUGCAAAUA